AGCCGACGACGAUGCACGCGCCGAUGUUGAUCCUCCUGCUGUCGUCGAUCGCCGCGGCGGACGCGGCCGGCAUAGGCGUCACCUACGGCAGGCGGGCGACGAGCCUCCCGCCGCCGGCCGACGUCGCGCGGUUCCUCGCCCGCGGCACCGUCCUCGACCGCGUGAGGCUCCUGAACGCCGACCCGCUCGCCCUGCGUGCCUUCGCCGGCAUGGGCCUCGCCGUGGACGUGACCGUCCCGAACGCCCUCGUGCCGCGCAUCGCCGACAGCGUCGCCUUCGCUCGGCAGUGGGUGCGCGACAGCGUCGCGCCCCACGCGGCGGCCGGGACCAACGUGUCGCGGAUCCUCGUGGGCCGCGACCUCAUCUCGCAGGCCAACCGGACGCUGCUGCUCUGCCUCGUGCCGGCCAUGCAGAACCUGCACACGGCGCUGCUCGCCACGUCGCUUCACCGGCAGAUCAAGGUCUCCGCCGCGCACUCCCUCGGCGUCCUGGCCGUGUCCACGCCGCCGUCCGCCGCGCGGUUCCGCGAGGGGUACGACGCCGCCGUCGUCAAGCCGCUCCUCGCCUUCCUGCGCGCCACGGGCGCGCCGUUCAUGGUGAACGCGUACCCGUUCUACGGCCUCACCAGCGACGCGGAGCUCGACUUCGCGCUGUUCAGGGUGAGCGCCGAGGGCGUUACGGACGCCGGCACCGGGCUAGUGUACACCAACGCGCUGGACGCGCAGCUCGACGCCGUGCACUCGGCGAUGAAGCGGCUCGGCUUCGGCGACGUCGACGUCGUCGUGGCCGAGACCGGGUGGCCGUGGGCCGGGGAGGACUGGGAGGUCGGCGCGGGCGCGGACCACGCUGGGGACUACAACAGGAACGCCAUCCGCCACCUCGGGUCCGGCGUGGGCACCCCGCUCAUGCCGAACCGCACAUUCGAAGUCUCCAUCUUCUCCCUCUUCGACGAGAACCUGAAGCCCGGCCCGAUGUCCGAGCAUCACUUCGGCCUGUACCACGCCGACAUGACGCCGAUCUACGACGCCGGCAUCCUCACCGCUCCGGAGUCCGUUGGGCCGGUGAGCGCCAAGGUAACACCGGCGGCGCCGGCGCCAGCGCCGGCGCCAGACGCGGGAGCGGCGGACUCGGGCGGGCGGCAGUGGUGCGUGCCGACGCCAGCGGCGGACGCGGCGGUGCUGCAGGAGAACAUCGACUUCGUGUGCGGAGGGGGCAUGGACUGUGGUCCGAUACGGCCGGGCGGGCGCUGCUACGAGCCGGACACGGUGCAGGCCCACGCGGCGUACGCCAUGAACCUCUAUUUUCGGAGCAACGGGCAGCACGCGUUCGACUGCGAUUUCGGUCGCACCGGCGUCGUUACCACUGUUGACCCAAGUUUUGGAAGUUGCAACUUUACAUAAGGAGGCCGGUCGCAGAUACUUCAAUACAUACACAUAUGAUAUAUAAGUACAUGGGUAUUUUAUUGUACUCCCUCCUCCGUUCCUAAAUAUAAGUCUUUGUAGAGAUUCCAUUAUUCCACUAUAAACCAUAUAUGGAUGUAUAUAGAUGCAUUUUAGAGUGUAGAUUUACUCACUUUGCUCCGUAUGUAGUCCAUAGUGGAAUCUCUACAAAGACUUAUAUUUAGAAACGGAGGGAGUAUAUGCGUAUAAGUCGUCCGACGUAGCCGUGGCGUAUAGCCAGGACGUACACAAUAUUGAUGUACAUACUGUUGCUGCCAAAACCAAAUCAGCUAAAGGAUACAUGGCCUUCGUCCUUCCA